CGAAAUAAAGAACUGCCUUAUCUGCUGUCAUUCACAGGGAGGAUAGCCAUACGUCCGCGUGGAGCGAGGAGCGCAGCCCAGUUAGAAACAUGGCUAAGACCAAAGUCUGGCUGUACACUUGGGUGGGUUUGACUGCCCUGUUGAUGUUUUUCGUGUCCGGAUUUAUAGUGGGUUGGUUUAUUAAAUCUGUCAAAGAAGUAACCACUCCAGUGACAACUUACCAAAAUGAAAGGUGGAAACUGAUAUCGGAAAUGAAGGCAGAAAACAUUAGACAGUUUCUACGUUCCUUUACGAAACUCCCUCAUCUGGCAGGAACAAAGCAGAACUUUCUUCUUGCAAAGCAAAUUCAAAGUCAGUGGAAGACAUUUGGACUUGACUCUGCUGAGUUGAUUUAUUAUGAUGUUCUCCUUUCUUAUCCUAAUGCCACAAAUCCCAACUAUAUCUCAAUUGUUGAUGAACAUGGAAUCGAGAUUUUCAAUACUUCAUUCUUUGAGAUACCUCCAGUUGGAUAUGAAAACGUUUCAGAGAUUGUCCCACCAUAUAAUGCUUUCUCAGCCCAAGGCAUGCCAGAGGGAAAUCUUAUAUAUGUGAACUAUGCACGGACUGAAGACUUUUUCAAACUAGAACGGGACAUGAAAAUCAAUUGCACUGGAAAGAUUGUUAUUGCUAGAUAUGGAAAAAUCUUCAGAGGAAAUAAAGUUAAGAAUGCCAUGUUAGCUGGAGCCAUAGGGAUUAUCUUGUACUCAGAUCCAGCUGAUUACCUUGCUCCUGGGGUACAGCCCUAUCCCAAUGGAUGGAAUCUUCCUGGAGAUGUUGCCCAGAGAGGAAAUGUAUUAAACUUGAAUGGAGCAGGUGAUCCUCUUACUCCAGGGUAUCCAGCUAAAGAAUACACCUUCAGGUAUGCAGAAAAUGAAGGAGUGGGAAUCCCCCAAAUCCCAGUACAUCCCAUUGGAUAUCAUGAUGCAGAGAUAUUAUUACGCAACAUGGGAGGAAUUGCACCACCAGAUAACAGCUGGAAAGGAAAUCUUAAUGUGCUUUAUAACAUUGGGCCUGGCUUUAUAGGGAACUAUUCCACCAAGAAAGUCAGAAUGCAUGUUCACAAUACCAAUGAAAUAACAAGGAUUUACAAUGUAAUUGGAAUGAUCAGAGGAUCUUUGGAACCAGAUAGGUAUGUUAUUCUUGGAGGUCAUCGGGACUCUUGGGUAUUUGGUGCUAUUGACCCAACCACUGGGGCAGCAGUUCUACAAGAAGUUGUCCGGAGUUUUGGAAAAAUGAUGAGUGGAGGUUGGAGACCAAAAAGAACUAUUAUUUUUGCUAGCUGGGAUGCAGAAGAAUUUGGACUCUUGGGUUCCACAGAAUGGGCUGAGGAGAAUGCAAAAAUACUUCAAGAGAGAAGCAUUGCUUAUAUAAAUUCUGACUCAUCCAUAGAAGGAAAUUACACCCUUAGAGUGGACUGCACACCUCUUCUUUAUAAGUUGGUCUAUAAUCUGACAAAAGAGAUUAACAGCCCUGAUGAUGGUUUUGAAAGCAAAUCUCUUUAUGAAAGCUGGUUGAAAAAGGACCCUUCACCUGAGGAUAAACAUAUUCCUAGAAUAAAUAAACUAGGAUCUGGAAGUGAUUUCGAAGCUUAUUUUCAGAGACUGGGAAUUGCUUCAGGUAGAGCCCGUUAUACUAAGAACAGGAAAACAAACAAGUUUAGUAGCUAUCCAGUUUACCACACUAUUUAUGAGACUUUUGAGCUGGUCGACCAAUUUUAUGACCCUACCUUUAAGAAACAACUUGCUGUAGCCCAGUUACGAGGAGGACUAGUAUAUGAACUUGCCGAUUCCAGAAUCAUUCCUUUCAAUAUUCAAGACUAUGCAAAAGCUUUAGAAAACUAUGCAACCAGUAUCUAUAACUUAUCCAAGAAACAUGACCAACAAUUGAAAGACCAUAGAGUAUCAUUUGAUUCCUUAUUUUCUGCUGUGAGAAACUUCACAGAUGCUGCUGCAGAUUUUCAUAGAAGACUUGCACACAUUGACUUUAAUAACCCAAUUGCAGUGAGAAUUGUGAAUGAUCAGUUGAUGCUAUUGGAAAGAGCUUUCAUUGAUCCUCUUGGUUUACCUGGAAGGCAAUUCUAUAGGCACAUCAUCUUUGCUCCAAGUAGUCACAACAAAUACGCAGGAGAAUCAUUUCCAGGAAUCUAUGAUGCCAUGUUUGAUAUUGAAAACAAAGCAGAUCAACAUGAGGCCUGGGAAGAAGUUAAAAAACAGAUCUCCAUUGCUGCAUUUACAGUUCAAGCAGCUGCAGGGACUCUGAAAGAAGUAUAAUAAGAUGGCAGCAGAAAACCUCUGCCCAUGUGACCAGCCACAAGCACCACUGGAGGGAAACCAGAGAACAAGAUUCACCUUCAGUUUCUCUCUGAUGAAGCCAUAGUUUAAACAAACAAAAUCUGUGUAACUGCUAUCUUAUAUGACUUUCUUUAUCCAUUCACUACAAAGUGCUUUAUCAGUUUAGCUAAUCAUAAUCAUCUGCUUGAAAUGACUUAAAAAUUUCCCCUUUGCCUAGAUUAACCUGAGAAAAGACAUUGGGCAUUCUUUAUAUAUGCAUAACUCUAUAACAUUUACACCAUCAGAAGAUAAAACAAAAAUCUUGAAGCAGUAGGAAUCAACUUUGUAAAAUGUAGCAUGUUAAAGUAUCAGCUUUAUGAUUCCUUAAACUUAGUUCAGGUCAGGAACCUACUUGAGAAACAGAAAUCAAAGAUUUAAGAGAUAAUUAAAUGGUGCUCUAGACUUCUAAGGGCAAAUCCAUAACACUGACUAUUUAGGAAAAAGUCCUAAUUGCCUCCUUUGAUAAAAGAAACAUUUCUAAAUAUCCCUUAAUAGUGGUUUUCUCCUUGCUGUUUGAAGACCUCUAAUGAUGAGAAACUUCUGCCUCCUGAGGCAAUAGUUUUCAUUUUCAGAGAGAAUUGUUAGGGAUUUUUUUUUCUGAUAUCAAAUGUAAAUCCACCUCAUUAUAGCUUUUCCCCUAGUUCAAAACUCUGGCUUCUGGAGUCACACAUAAUAAUCCUAAUACUUUCUCCAGCUCAUAGUCCUUCAGUUAUUUUAAGACAUACCUUUGUAUGUCCUUCCCCCUUCACUGAUCCAUCCUCAAUUCCCAUCCAAGUCUUCUCUUCACUCUAACCCUACCAAGCUAAAAAGCAACAUUUCCACAGAUUCCACUUAGGCACUUUCCUAUGAACAUUCUCCAGCUUGUAAAUGUCUCUCUUUAAAGAAACAAUUCUUCCAACUAUGGUCUGGUCAAAAAAUAUCCCAGUGGGUUAUUAUUUGUUAUAUUUCUUUUAACUUAGUCUAAGAUCAUAUUAGCAUUUGGUGAGGGGACUGGUAUCUGACAUCUGACUUUAAACUCUUUUCAGUUUGCAUUCAGCUUUAAAAAUGGAACCCUUUAUCAUAUUUUUCUUUUUUUAAAAUAGCAAUAACACUUCACCAGUGGGCCAGGUAAAUUCAGAAAUACCAAAACUUUAAUAAUUUAGACAUUAAACAUGUGCUUCAUAUAAGGCAUUGUUCUAAGCACUAAAAAUAUAAAGAUGAAUAAAAGCCAGGUCUCUUCUGGCCUCUAGAAUCUUAUGAUCUUAUAGACAAAUUUAAAUGUGUUAAGUCUAAAGGAGAGAAUAAAGUUGCCCCAAAGACUUGAAGAAGAUAUUGUUCUUAUCUUUUAAUGGAGAGAUAUGUUAUAUGAAAUGGCACCUGAAUUCUCUUGGAAAUCUUUACUAUCUCUAUAUAACUUUAAGUGCUAGCAUCAUGAAGUUCAUGCUUUUUACUAUGUAGAAGAGGUUGUGUAAGCAAUCAUAGUCAUUUAUCUAGAGGUGACUGUUUUAGAUUUGUGUGUUCAAUGACAUUAGUGAUUUAAUAAACUUGAUUAUCUGAAA